UCUUCAAAUUCAAUUGAAUGAAUGAAGAGAAAGGGAGGGAGGGUUCUGCUUCAAGUCAUUAGCAGAAGAAACACGAGCUUCAGCAGCACCCUAACAACACUCUCUCAGUCGCAGGUUCUGUUGAUGGAUCCAUCUGAGCGUUACUGCUACAAUCCAACCUUGCGUUGGAAUCCUCAAGUGGAAGAGCAUUUCAACAAAGCUUAUGGAGCAGAAGCUUUUGCUCGCAUCUCCAAAGCACUAACACAACCCUCUCGUUACUCUUGUAUACGUGUAAAUACACUGCGAACAACAACUGAUGCUGUUAUUGAGAAGAUUAUGGAAAUUCAAUGUGAUAAAAGGCUGCAUGACCCUCCACAGAAUCUGCAUAUGAAUGAUGAUGUAGAAUCCCUAACUGGUCAUAAGCAUAAUGGUGUUCGGGACGUUGGUCCAGCAGUUGAAAUCCCUGAAAAUGGUCACAGUUCCAGCACAGAAACUAGCGCUGUUAUAAAAUGUCAGAUACCUGGGCUAGACUAUGUUGUAUUUGUGAAAGGUUCAGGUCCACAUGAUAUUCAGUAUGAUUAUCAACAAGACAGGCCUCCCAAAGAGGUAAUUGUCAGCCGUAAGUGUGCAGAGGCAGUUCUUCGAGGUGCUCAGGUAUAUGUGCCAGGUAUAUUAGCAUGCAGUGCUCAUGUUGAGGAAGGGGAUGUUGUUGCAGUUUCAGUUGGUGUUGAGCAGCCUGGUCGUGAUGGUGGAUGGAGUGUUGGAAUCACACGUGGGAUUGUCCUACAAGGACUACAGACAGAUCCUCAUUAUCUCGAACGAGAUCGCUUAUAUAUUGGCCAAGGAAUUACAACGAUGUCAAGGGCCGGAAUAUUUCGGGGAUUGACAGGUCUUGGUGUGGAUAUGACUGAUAGAGUGUUUAGAUUGGGAUCUUUCAAUGAUGUGCUGAAGGGGGAUAUAUUUCUUCAAAAUCUGCCAAGCAUUAUUACUGCGCAUGUCUUAGAUCCACAAGAGGGAGAAAGAAUAUUGGAUAUGUGUGCUGCUCCUGGUGGAAAAACAACUGCAAUUGCUUCCCUUAUGAAGGAUAAAGCAGCAGUGAUUGCAGUUGAUAGGUCUCAUAAUAAGGUGAUGGAGAUUCAGAAUCUGGCUGCAGAACUGGGGUUGAAAAGCAUAAUAGCUUAUAAGCUAGAUGCCCUUAAAUCUGUUAACAAGAAUAAUUUGAAUGGAAUAACUACACAAGGUUCUAGGGAAGAUAGAGUGGGUCUAACCUGUCAAGAGGCAGAGUCGGGUAGUUCUGUUACUGGAGAUUUAUCAUCUCUUGCAACAGAAGGAACGAAGACAGAUAUGACAGACAACAAGAUUUUGCAUGUUGUUUCUCCUGUAGAUACAUUACCCAUUUCAGAGAAAGCUAAUGUUCCAGAUGAAGAACAAAUGAAUGGAGGUCGUUACAGAAGUAAAGCUGAGCUAAGGAAAGAAAAUCGAAGAAUGAAAAAUGGGCCUGGGAGAAACCAAUCAACAGGUGGCAGGGUGGAUAAAUGUGAAGGGUUUCCUCCAAACAGUUUUGACCGAGUUCUUCUUGAUGCUCCCUGUUCUGCUCUUGGAUUGAGACCACGCUUAUUUGCUGGAGAGGAAACGAUAGAAUCGUUGAGAAGACAUGCAGUGUAUCAGAAACGAAUGUUCGAUCAGGCUGUUCAGCUAGUUCGACCUGGUGGAGUUAUUGUAUAUUCCACAUGCACGAUAAAUCCAUCCGAGAAUGAGUCCCUGGUUCGUUAUGCUUUGGACACGUACAAGUUUCUCUCGUUGGCACAACAGCAUCCAAAAAUUGGCAGACCUGGCCUGCUCGGUCGGUGUGAAUCAUCUGAUGGAUAUUUUGAGGAAUGGCUAAGACCUGGUGAGGAAGAUCUUGUCCAGAGGUUUGAUCCUUCCGGCCCACAUGAUACAAUCGGGUUUUUCAUAGCCAAAUUCAACGUUGCCCCCAAAGAUGCCUAGUUUUAUACAGAAGUUGCAACAUAAGUCGGAGGCAUGACUGCGUGAGCCUGCUCUGAUGCUUCAACUUGGAAACCAACCCCCCAAAGAAGUAAACAAAAACUCUUUACUCUUUUCAUAUAUACAUCACAUGGUUACAAUGCAGACUUUCUUAUUUUUGGGGGGUAGGGGUGGGUGGGUAGUAUUGUUGUAGAAUCUUGGGUACACCUUAAGACUGGCUAAAAUCAUAGUAGGAGUUAACUUACAGAAGAGAAGUCAUUCUGUCAUCUUAUUUUGGAAUUCCUAGUGUAGAUCUAGAGGGAAUUUUUUGCAUAAUCUAUAUACUG